AAUCAGUCAGUCAUUUUGAAAGGAGAAGGCGUGCGUUCUGGCCGGCGUGCUAGUUAUUCUCAAAAUAGAAUUAUCGUAAUUUAAGACGAUAAUAUUUAAAGUUUUAAAUAAUUCUCGAGUAAUUUUAUCAAAUACAAAAGAUGGCAGAACAGGGUUUCUUGAAACAAAAACCUGGUUUCGCGACUCUCGCUAUUCACCACGCACAAGAACCGGAACAAUGGAGCUCGUCUGCCGUUGUUGUACCCAUCGUCACGUCCACAACGUUUAAACAGCCGGCGCCCGCUGAACAUACGGGUUUUGAGUACGGUAGAUCAGGAAACCCGACCCGGAACGUUCUUGAAGAAUGCCUAGCCGCACUAGACGGCGGAAAGCACGGCUUCACCUUUGCCUCGGGCUUGGGAGCCACGACCACACUUUUGGGCCUGCUUAAAUCGGGUGACCACAUUAUUUCCGGCGACGAUGUAUACGGUGGCACCAACAGAUUGUUCAGGAACGUAGCAGCCGCAAUGAAUAUAGAAACAACAUUCGCCGAUUUCACAAAGCCUGAAGAAGUUGAUAAGGCAGUUAAGGAAAAUACAAAGAUGGUGUGGUUAGAAACCCCAACGAACCCCAACCUGAAGAUCGCCGACAUCGCCACCGUAGUCAAAGCCGUGAAGAGCCACGGAGAGCACAUAAUGGUAGUCGUGGACAACACUUUCCUGACUCCAUACCUACAGAGGCCGUUAGACUUCGGUGCUGAUGUAGUCAUCUAUUCACUCACGAAGUACAUGAACGGGCACUCUGACGUCAUCAUGGGGGCCGCGAUUAUAAAUGAUGACGAGCUCGCAGCGAGACUCAGAUUCCUACAAAACGCAAUGGGCGUGGUGCCGUCUCCGUUCGACUGUUACCAAGUGAAUCGCAGCUUGAAAACGCUGGCCCUUCGCAUGGAACAGCAUAAGAAGUCGGCGCAGAUCAUCGCAGAGUGGCUGGAGAAGCACCCGAAGGUCACGGAAGUUAUGCAUCCAGGUCUGAAAUCUCAUCCACAACACGAGCUGGCGAAGAAACAGAUGUCGGGCCAUUCUGGAGUGUUCAGUUUCAAGCACUCGGGCGGUCUGCAGGAGUCCAGGAAGUUCCUGCAGAGCUUGAAGGUGUUCACGCUGGCCGAGAGCUUGGGCGGAUACGAGAGUUUGGCCGAGCUACCAUCAGUAAUGACGCACGCGUCCGUGCCAGCCGCGCAGCGCGCCGAGCUCGGCAUCACGGACUCGCUCAUCCGCCUCUCCGUGGGGCUCGAGGACACGGAAGAUCUCAUCAAGGACCUGGACGACGCCUUUAAUGUUAGCUUCUGAUCAUACUAACAUUGGUACCUUAUGGGGCCUUUUACAUGGUAUGAGAUUCUCGUGUUGAACAUACUAUUAACGUAACACACGAAAAUAUAUUGCAAUGAAAAUGAAAAUUAUGCGCAUGACAUCGUAUCAUGAAAUUUAUACGAUACACGUCUUGCCUUUGACAGGUAAAUGUCGGUUUAGUAAUUAUUCCUUAAGAGUUAUCUUAGGAGAGUUUUAAGUUUUGACAUGAAUGUAAACAGUUUUGUUAGAUAAUCGCCUAGUAAUUAUGGCCUACGGUUAUGUAAUAGGUACGUUUGAUGUUUCGACCAAAAUCGUACGAGAAGCUCGCACCAUGUCAAUGGAUCCUGUAAGUUUUAACUGCAAUUCUGAACAGUGUGAUACUUAGUGAGUAAACAGUAAACACUAUCACUGAAAAGUCACAAUUUUUUAGUAACAACUAUUGUUUUAUUCUACACUAACGAAACAAGAUCUGCAGUUUUGAAAAGAAAGUAGUUAUAGCCAAAAAGGUAUAUCUAAAUAAUAUUGCAAGAUGCAAAUCGCACGGAGAUAUGACUUUUUUACUUAAAAUGGUAUAUACGCUACCUGAUGUUAUCAUUUGAUGGUUAAAGAAUUAUUAUCUAUGAGUAUUUAAGAAACCAGAAAACGUAUCACUGAUCUUAUCGGUUUAAUAAAGGGUUGUUCUCAUUUUUUUAAGAUUUGGAACAACCUUAAUAACAAUAAAUGGUACAUAUACAUAUUAUGUACUUUUUAAAGCAUCAAAUGAGAUAAUUGGGCUGUAUGCAAUGAUCUUCAGACACAAUGUGAUAAUAACUUUUACACUUUUUCCUACAUCACGUACCUAUAUUUUAAUGUUCUAUAAUCUAUACGAAGUAUUUAUUAUCUACAAUCGUUUAUGGCACAGCCACUUAUAAAUGUAUUUAUUUUAUUAUCUCCCCGUCUGUUGUGUGUCUGAUAUAUUUAGAUACGAGUAAAGUUAUUGGCGAUAUUGUUACGACGUCUUAUCCUGUCCUAUAAUAGGCCUUAUUUUUGUCAUGAUUAAAAUAUCUCGUGAGUUCUUUGUUUAUUGUACGUUUUGAAAUUCAUCAAUAUUAGGGAAAAUAUACCUUAUCUUUACAUAAUUAAAGCUAAUAAUACAACAAUUGAACCUAAAACGAAAUUGUUAAAGGAAAAGGGCUAGUUUCCUCGAGAAGAGAAACUACUUUUUUGCAAUAUUUUCUUAAGUUAUAACGCCACUCAAUAUUUUAGUUUAAAUCCCUGAAUUUAAUCAUUAACUUGUAUCUAGGAAACUUGCCUACCAUUCAACAAAGUUACAAGAUUAUUGAAUGAGCGACACCACAUCCUGUUAUAACAAUAAUUACAAAAAGCCGGUCAAAGACGUCGUAUCAUUCAAUCUAAACCAAUUUAUAUUCAGCGUAGGAUUACAAUAGAAACUAUAUUAGCAUAAGUCAAGUGAGGCUAAUGUUACUUCAGUGCAAAAGGUCAAUUUAUAUUUCCAAGUGAUUUAAUCACUAACACAAUUCCUUUAAAAUAUCUUGAAAUGUUUGAUUGUUAUCUAAUAUAGGUAGUACAAAGUUUUUAGGUGAAAUAUCUUGUUCCUACCAGAAAAAAUAAUAACCUAAGAAAGAUGUAAAGGUAGAUAAGUAUUAACCGGAAAUUCCAUCCCUACCUCACAUAGUGGAAAAUUGUAUAUAAAGAACAUAUAUUAUUUAAAUUUUAUACUUAAUCAUGUAAUGUUUUGAUACUGCAGCAAUAUAAUUGUUUGCAUUUUAAUUGUUUCAAUACCUUUAUUGUUUGAAUUAUUGUUCCAAGUUACAUUAAGUUUAAGAUUAUUUUAUUAUUUUAAUUUAUCAUAAGUAUAUGUUUAUUGAUAUUUUUAUGGACUA